AUGGAUUUUAGAAGACCUAUGAAUUUCAGAGAAGUCGCUCAGUCAUCAGGUGGCUUUAAAGCAACGCCACCUAUAGGUGCAAGGCCGUUUAACUCUAAUUCAAGAGAUUUUACUGCAAGAAAUGACCAGCCAAAUGAGAAAAAUCGAAGUCCAGGUGGAUUUAAUCAAAUGCCACGCUCUCAAAAUCAGGGGUUUGGAGGUUUUUCUAAUCCUACACAAGGAGGAUUUAUUCCUCAGUCUCAAUAUUUUCAAAAUGGGCAGAACAGAAACCUUUUCCAGCAAAAUGCAGAUCAAAUGGAGACUGAGCCACAAAAUCCUGGUACAAAAUUUCAAAAACAUCAGAAAAAUAAGCCCCAAGUAAAAUCUAUUAAUUUUAGACCCCAAUCUCAGACACAAGGUGGCUUCACGAGUGCAAUUCCCACAAAUGAUACCUUUAGGCCAGUGCCUUUUGGUGCGGAUAGUUUUUCAGCAAAUAAUCAAAUGAGUAGCCAAAAAAAGUCACAAGGAGGCUUUAAGUCAGUCUCACAAGUCGCUCAGCAGCCAUUCGGAGAAAUGAGGGGACAACAAAAAAACCAAAGAAAUGAAAAUCCUAGAAAAGCUUUUAACCAGCCUGAAGGAGCCUUUCAAGGGGGUUUUAGAUCUGGGGUUCCAAAUAGGAAAGAUGCUUUUCAAGAAAGAAUGGAAGAAGAUCGCGAAAUUUCUGAUAUACAAGAGCCUAAAAGAGUGAAAAAUGAUUUUAAAAACAAUAAGCCAGAAAAUAAAAACAAUGAAGGUUUUGGGUUCAAAAAAUUCCUCAAACCUCGAAUAAAGCAAGAGCCUGAUGAAGAGGAAGAAGAAGAGGAGAGACCAGUCAAAACGGAAAAUAGAAAAAAGAUAUUUCGAGAAAAUAUAAAAAGAGAAGAAAGGCCAAUAAUGCCAAGAAGACAGAUAAAAAAGGAAGAAAUUGAUGAAGAUAAAGAAGAAAUCGAUACAAGUAAUGAAGAAAUAAAAAGCCGAAAUAAAGCAUUGGCUACUUUUAGAAGACUUAAGAAUAAACCAAAAACUGAAGAAAUUAUUAUUCAGGAAAAAGCUGUACGAAAUAGUCAAAAGCCAGAAAAACCUAAAAAAUUAGAAGUAGAAGAAAAGCCAAAAAAAAUAAAGAUUGCACCUCAGCGAAACAUGAAUGAAGGAGGAAUUUUUAUGUGUAGCGCUGAAGAAGCGAAUCAAAGAGAGCAAGCUCAUACGAUUCACUUAUUUGAAAUGGCUCCUGGACUUGAUCUAACAAUAGAUCCUCCAAGUGUUCAUUUGCCUUGGACAGUUAAAGAGUACCUACGAGCAAACUCAGGCUUAUCUGAAAGUGUUAGGAAUGAAGAAGCCUUACUCUUUUCUUAUAAUACUAUAUUUAAUAAAAUACGCUCACUUGCUUUAACGAGCAAGAUAUUUUUGCUCUCUAGCCGACAGCUUAAUUUAAUAUCUUAAAAAUUUUUAUAAUUUGUAUAUAUUUGAAAAAUUUGUCUUAAAUUUAAGUUAUUUUGUUAUAUUUAGUUAUUUGGAAUCUUAAUACAAAAAAAAUUGAUUUUAACUCUAAGCCAAUAAUUUUUCUUGCUGCUUUGUUCGAUAAUAUUAAAAGCAUAGAAUCAUUUUUAAAAUUAAUAUCACUUAGCUAUAUAAGAGUCGGAGAGUUAGGAAAAGUGCUUGAUUAUUUAUUUACAAAUAUUUUAGACGUUGAUACAAAUGGCAACCCAUUAAAUUACACAUACCCUCCUAACAGCUCUUCUCAUUCUUUUAAAGAAAUUUACGAGUUCAUAAGCGACCGUUCAAGAGCAGUUGCAAAAGACUAUAGAAUUUUAGACACUAUUGGCAGUGAUAGUUUUAUACGAGAUCAUGAGCGCAUUGCAAGAUUCUUCAUCAUGUCUUGUUCAGAAGGAUUUAAUUCCCCUGAUUUUGACCUCAAGCUCAAUAUGGACAGGGCCAGAGACAUCCUCACCUCUCUUAUGAAAGCCUACAAAAAGAAAAGGAGCCAGCACAUCUCAUGUGAAAACGAAGCUGAGUUUAUGACCUAUUUAAUGGUUUUAAACUUAUCAAAAUAUAUAGAAGUAAUUGCUUUGCUUAAAGAGGCUACAAAUAAAAUCAGAAAACAGCCAAUUUUCCAGAUAGGGCUUAAAAUCUGCAUGGCUUAUUAUACAAAUAACUACUGCGAGUAUUUUGAAUUGAUGAAAAAUGCGCCUUAUUUAGUUACCUGUGUAGCUUAUGCUUCUAUAGAUAAUAUGAGGAUAACCGCAUUAGAAAUGAUGCAAAACUGCAGUAAAGAAAUUAGUAUUGAAGAUAUGACAAAAUAUUUGUGGUUUUCUGAUGAAGAAGAAACAAUUGAAUAUUUGGAGCAUAGGGGGAUUGUGGUGGAUUAUGAUAAUGGAAGUGAACUGGAUUUAAAAGAUGUAGAAAUCACGGAAACUGCGUUUAGACCUACGCAAGAACAGAAAAAUAUUGCGGAAAGAAGAAAUGAAAUGUUUUCAUCGAGGCUAGAAAUAAUUGAAAAUUCUGAGAUUAGGGUGCAAGGGCGCCAAGAAGAUACUGAAGAAGAUGAAGAAGAGGAAGAAGAAGAAGAAGAAGGAGAAGAAGAAGAAGAAGAAGUAAAAGAAGAAAUUGAGGAGCCGAAAACAAUAAAAACAGUGACCUCACCUCGAGAAAUUCCUGCUAAAGCCCCAGUGUUAGAAAAGAAAGAAUCAAUAAUUCAUGCUGAGCCUUCAAAUUUGCUAAGAAACGCAGCAUCUACAACUGAAGCUGCUGCUAAAAGUAUUGAAAUACCUAAGCUGGUAUUUAGAGUUCCUGAAGUCCCGGUUAAUCUGCCUUUCUCUCAGCCUCCUUUAUUUUCAACUCCUCUUCAGCUUCCAAUUUCAACUACACCACUAGUAUCAGAGAUCAAAGCUACACCAAUUUCUCAGCAAACUUUUGUACCUAAAUUAAGCUCCUCUGAAAACACUGAGUCUUUUCCAAUCCUUCCCAAAAAGCACUCCAGAACUUGGAAAUUCCCACAAACCAGCGAGGAAAUUUUAAGUCUCUGCGAAAGCAAAGAAGAAAAAGAAGAAUUCAAAAGAGAAAUAAAAGAAUUCCGAAAAAACAAAAAAAUAAAAAAAAUGAUAAGAGAAAAGCAAGCCUUUGUAGCAAGACUGUUACUGAGAUUUGUGCAUUGGAAAAGAUAUGUUAGGAUGAAGAAAUUCAAGAUUUAUGUAAAAGAAAGAAUGGAAGAAGAGAAGAACAGAUUUUUAUCACAGUUUUCAAAAUGUGUUAUAGAUGAUACCCAAGCGAUGCUUAGAUAUAGCGAAAUGAAGAGGAGAAAGUUGGACACAACACAAAUGGUAAUAUAA